GGUGACGUAGUACGCAAGUGUCCGCAGCUCAAGGCCUGCCAGUGGACGGAAGCACAGUGAUCGCAGAGCUUGUGUCUUCAAGUGGAAAACAAGACGAAUACAACAUACUGCUGUGCUCUGUGUGAAGACACUAGUCCUUUUAUGAAUCUGCUCUUGAAUUGUAUGUAUAUCUUUUAAGAGGAUUUUGAAGGUGAAGUUUUUCUUGAAUGCCCAAGACACAGUCAGUACGGUUUUCAACAUGAACAGGAAUAAGCGUGAGAAAGAAUAUUACAGCAUAGAUGUAGGAGAUUCAACGUUCACCGUUUUGAAGCGCUAUCAGAAUUUAAGACCAAUCGGGUCUGGAGCACAAGGCAUUGUCUGCUCUGCAUAUGACCACGUCCUUGAACGAAAUGUUGCAAUUAAGAAACUUAGCCGACCCUUUCAGAACCAAACCCAUGCCAAACGAGCCUACAGAGAACUGGUCCUGAUGAAAUGUGUCAACCACAAAAACAUAAUUGGCUUGUUAAAUGUGUUCACGCCACAGAAGACACUUGAAGAAUUCCAGGAUGUUUAUCUGGUGAUGGAGCUGAUGGAUGCGAAUCUGUGCCAGGUCAUCCAGAUGGAGCUGGACCACGAGAGACUCUCCUACCUGCUUUAUCAGAUGCUCUGCGGCAUCAAACACCUUCAUGCUGCCGGCAUCAUACACAGGGAUCUGAAACCCAGUAACAUAGUAGUGAAAUCCGACUGUACGCUGAAGAUCCUCGACUUCGGCCUGGCCCGGACGGCCGCCACCGGCCUCCUCAUGACCCCUUACGUGGUGACACGCUACUAUCGUGCCCCAGAGGUCAUUCUGGGCAUGGGCUACCAAGCCAAUGUUGAUGUCUGGUCUGUUGGCUGCAUCAUGGCUGAAAUGGUCAGAGGUAGUGUGUUGUUUCCUGGCACAGACCAUAUUGACCAGUGGAACAAGGUGAUUGAGCAGCUGGGAACACCGUCUCAGGAGUUCAUGAUGAAGCUGAACCAGUCUGUGAGGACUUAUGUGGAGAACAGACCUCGCUAUGCCGGAUACAGUUUUGAGAAGCUCUUCCCUGACGUGCUCUUCCCUGCAGACUCGGACCACAACAAACUGAAAGCGAGCCAGGCGCGAGACUUGUUAUCCAAAAUGCUGGUAAUAGAUGCGUCAAAACGAAUCUCAGUGGACGAGGCCCUCCAGCACCCCUACAUCAACGUGUGGUACGAUCCGUCGGAGGUGGAAGCGCCACCACCAGCGAUCAUGGAUAAACAGCUAGAUGAGAGAGAACACACAGUGGAAGAGUGGAAAGAGCUGAUAUAUAAGGAAGUGCUGGACUGGGAGGAGCGAACGAAAAACGGGGUGAUCCGAGGACAGCCGGCCUCACUAGCACAGGUGCAGCAGUGAGCAAUGACUCCCACGAGCCCUCGACGACGUCCUCCUCCUCCACAAACGACGUCUCGUCCAUGUCCACCGACCCCACCCUGACCUCGGACACAGACAGCAGUCAGGAGGCGUCCACGGGACCGCUGGGCUGCUGCAGAUGACUAUCCUCGUUCAUCCAGUUCCUGCUACCAUCCGUCUUCACUGGCGCAACAACGUUCAUGCCAGUUUGGAAACGUGUCCUCCUUUCUUUCUCAAACUGACAAGUUCUUUUGAAUUGAAAAAGUUUUAAGAAUGGAGGUAAGAGUUUUUGAGGGCAUCUUAAAAGCUUUUACACCGAACCAGCGUUACUUUGAUUGCUUUCAUUUUGUUUUUGUACUUUAAUUUUGCAUCAGAUUGAAGCUAGCGCUACGUCAUCUUGCCAUUUGGAUGUGGAAUGAUUUGAGUUUAUUUGUAAAGAUGGACGGUGAAUAUAUUUUUGAGAUGUUUUAUUUUUUGAGAGUCAUUUUAAUCACUAAUUAGUGGAGGUUCAUUAAAUGGCACAUCCAUUUCCUGGAUAAAUGAGUGUUUCCACACUGUUACUACUGUUUGGGAGUCGGUGGUGUAUAAAUGCAUCUGAUCGCAGUUUGUUCGGCUGCAUUUUGUUUUGGUCUAAGAGGCAGAGAUGGUUUUAAUAUGACCUGUGUACCUAAAACACAUGUUUAGUUGAAAGUUUUAUUUGGUUUGGUUAACAAAAACACAUUUUAAAGCGCUUUUAGGGUCUGUAAACUACUCUUUCUGAUUUCAGCGCACAAGAUUUACUUUACACGCUAAAAAAUGCUGGGUUGAAAAUGGACAAACCCAGUAAUUGGGUUGUUUUAACCCAGCGAUUGGGUUAAAUCUUUGCCCAGCUUGUUGGGUAGCUUUAUUGAACUCAACUAUUGUUUAAAAAUGACUAUAUGUCUGGCUUAAAAUGAACCCAAAAUUAAAAAAAAAAAAUCAGACACAUAAUUACUAGAGGAAACGAUAAUAAUCAAAAGGUGAACAUUAAUUAAUAAACAACUUAAUAAAUUAUUGUUAUUGUUUAAUUAUUAUUCAUUAAACUUCAUUAAAUGUUAAUUUAUUAAACAUAUUAAUCAAUGCCAAUUUCCAACAUAUUUUGGGUUCAUAGCGAGCAAUACAGUAAUUUUUAAGCAAUAGUUGAGUUAAAUAAAACUAAAAUUUUAACCCAACCUCUGAGUUAAAACAGCCCAAUCACUGGGUUUGUCCAUUUUCAGCCCAACUUGGGUUGUUUUUAACCCAGCAUUUUACAUUCUAUUCUCUCUGUAUAAACACGCUUGGGUUUUCAAAUGUCACCGUAUGUAAUCUAGUCUGUACAUAUUUCAAGGCGAAACACAGAAAACAGUAACCCACAGCUUUCAUUACGCUUUCCUUCAGCGCUGUACAGUCCUGUAAAAGGAACACAACACAGUUCAUGUAAAGGUCUUGUUUGAACACUUCAGUAUAUGAUAUGAAACCCAAAUUGGAUAUUUAAUCCAUGCAUAUGAAACUCUUUUGAUUUCUUUAGACUUCACAACCAAAUUGCGUAUACCAAUGCGAUCUUAUUUCAGAAAAAAGAUCAUUUUGGAUGCAGCAAUCAAUGCCAAAUGAAUGGAGACAUUAGAUUGGAGUUUCAAAAUGGAUCCCAAAAGAACUACCCCUUUUUAUGGACUCUAACGUUAAAAAAAAAAUCCCGUCAUAAUCAGAUGCACAUUUUCCAAUGUUUCAGGAAAAAAAAAAAAAAAAAAUCUUUGACUAUGUAAUGUUUUGGAAUGUAAAUGUAUGUAUUGUAAACUCUGCUCCUCCUACUGUACACAACACGACAAGCUAAAUCCAUCACUAAAAAUUCAUCAUUGGGUUUUUAUUUUGCUUUCAAAAUGGAGAAAGUGCCUGAGUCCAGCAUUCAUUCCUGAAUGAUUAGAAAGAUGAAGAAAUUUGGGUGAGGUUUUUCAAAGUAAUACUGUUCAUAUCAUGUUGGAGUGUCUAUUUUUCUAUUGUAUUGGAUGUAUAUGAUGUAGAUUGAAAGGUUGGGGCAUGUUGAGAGGAUGCAAUGGGACGUUUCCUCAAGCAAGGUCUUUCAUCAAAGUAAUAGCAAAUUGGAACAUGUUUUGGUAUGUGUAUAUGCUUUGCAGCUUUAGUUAUGCAAGACAUUGCAACAAAUGCUGUAGAUGGGAACUACAUUUCCACGAGGCAAUGCUGUCGAAUGUACAUGCGCAUGUAUGGUGAUAGUUGGGAGGAUGUAGGAACAGAAGGUUUGUGUUUGCAUAAUGAUUGGCAUAUAUAAUCUUUUAUUUGAGUUGCAUCCCAAACUUUUUUUUUUUCUUUCUUUUUUUAUUUUAAGUGCUCUUAAUUUUUCUUUGCUCUCUUUAGGUAAGGUAAUGAAUUUUAACUUUAGAUUUUUCAUCGCAUUCGCUUCUAUUUCAUCUCUCAAAAAUGUUAUAAUUCAGAUCAAAGUAGGCUUUGAUGAACUACCUCACUCUAAAUUUCUACAGAUUCUUUUUUUUUUUUUUUUUUUUGCGACGUAGUUGCCCGUAAAAUGUUAAUACAGAUUUCAUUAUUUAUUUAUUUCUAAAGUGAACUAUUGUCAAUAGUAGGCAACGUAUAGUUUUGUACAUUAUGUAUACUUCACCUAGAAGUAAAAGAACUGAAAUGUAAAUUUGAUCUUUUUUGUUUAAUUUUCUUUGUACUCAUUUUUUUACAGUUCAUGUGCAAUACCCACUGCUGUCAUGCUAGUUGUAAUCGGUAGAUCUAGACUUAUUAGUUUUAUGUACCCAGAGGUAGAGAUAUAUUUGGUACUGUCCGAUAAACACGUUUUUUUGUCUUUUUAAAUCUGAUUUUUUUUUUUUUCUUUGGCUUUUGUUGUCAAUGUUACAUAACCUGUCUUACCAAAAAUGAAAUUCUGUGGCUGAUGUUAUCAAGUUUCCAUGUUUAGCCACAGGACUUUGAUCAACCUGGUAAGUCCAAUUCAUCUGUAAAAUAUCUUGAAUUACCAAUAUGUUAAGAUUUGGUGCUGGUAUGUAAUAUUUGCUAGCAAUGCCAGCCCAACAGUUAUUAAAUUGCUAACUCUGUGUGCACCGAACAGCAUACAGACAAUGAGAAGUGCACUACUGCAAAGAAUGCACUGGGAUCUUAUUAUACCAAUUGUACAUGUACUGCAAAUAAACACCAGUUUGAAUCAAA